GUGACUGGUGGUACAUCGCACGUCUGUACACUCUGUCUCUGUAUGCAAUGCAACUUCUCCACGUUCUCCACUCUGUACUAUUUUGAAGAUUUUGAACUUGGACUGGGUGUUGCAAGAUGUCUGGAACCAGGUACUAACCGCUGUACCAAAUGUGAGCGCUCUCGCAGUUAAUUUUUUGAUCAUUUACUCAUCGACGGUGAAUAUGGAGAUGCUACGUUCCUCCGAAACAGCGGUGUAUUUUAAGAACCUGGGGACCAGGAAAGUCUUGCCCGACUUAUAUGAGGAGCCACUUUUUGUUGGUUAGAUUGUACACAUUGUUUCUGACACAGUUGAAUCUACACUGGUGCAGUUCAAAGUGUUCUUGAGCAACAUUUCUGAUCAGGUUCUGCACAAACUGCAAGAGAAGACAUGAAGAUAAAGUACAAUUUUUAUCUUAAUAUCCAUGGUUUUAGGGAAAGUAUUCUCUGUCCUGAAUGGUCUGCGCAUCUAAGGACUCUUGGAAAGGUGCUGAUGAAGAAGUCGCAGAGUAAGGAAUCUCAAUAUUUGGUAGAGAGGCUACUGGAAAAAAAUAUAACUGUGAAUGGCCAGUUCAUGAAUACUCUUCCGAGCUCUAUCAACCUGUGUUUGUGCCAUGAACCAACUAUGGAAAUUACAAAACACUGCAACAUUGUUUCAUAUUUAAGUGAUAGAGGAAUUAGUUGUAAUAAUAAAAAGCAUUUUCUAGUAAGAAAAUUGCACCAGAGCAUGCUUUGUAGACCGAAAAAUAUUCACAAUGUUAUAUUAAAUCAAUACCUAGGUGUACGAUCAGUUCAUAACUUAAGCACAUCAGACUUGUUUGGGAGUGGUGAUAAAGUGCCGAAGACUGAAGAGCUAAGACAAAAGGAAACAGACAGCCAAGGGGAGUAUACAUUGAAGUUAGAAACAAAAACUGCUAAAGGCUCUCAUCAUCCAAGGAAAAGGCAGGGAUCUUCUGAAGAUAUUAAAGAUGAACAUAAUGAAACUACAGAUGGCAUUCUUAAUGGUGAAGAAUCUGAGGACAUCACUUCUAAAGAUUUGGAGAUGGUUGAAGGCAGAUUCCCGCAACCGAAAGGAACUCUUAAUAACCUAUAUGCAGUUGUAGCCCAAGAACUGAAGAGUCCUAGUUACCGCCUUCAGAAGAGUUACCGGAUGGUAUCUGUUCGCACUGGGAAGGUUAACAACAUCAUGUGGGCUUGCACGUACAAAGUGAAGUGGCCUAGAGAGGCCAGCUUUUCUGCAACAAUGUCAACGAAAGCUGCUGCUGGAAAGCAAGCAGCACUGAAAGCUCUGCAUUGGUUACAGGCACAAGGCAAACUGACUCAACGUGGAGCCCCACUAAUGUUUGAUAAGAGUGAGAUUCAAGGAAUGACAAGAGUACCAAUAGAAGUCACUGUCGAUGUUAGCACUAGUCAAGAUAUAGAUAUGCUUAUUGACUGGUACAAAAAGGUUUGUACAAUUUCAAACUUCAUAUCUCAGUGUAGCAACUUACAUGGUAACUAUGGUGAAGCUCUAAUGUAA